AUGGAUUACUCCGAUUCAGAAUCCGGCGGAUCACACAUCUCAUCGACGCCUCCACGUCAACCAUAUCAACCUCCACCGCCACCGCCACCGCCACCGCCACCUAAACCUCAAUCGCCGGCACUACAUACUCUUAUUGUUUCUGCUAAGCAACAGAAAAACCCUAAAUCGAAGGCUAGGUCCAGUUCUUCCCGGCCGAUUUUGAAUAUUAAACCAUCCAUCAGGAGAACUAAACCGCCGCCACCAGAAUCUGAACCUAAAAAUGAUGGAUCCGACCUAUUUCAACGCCCUAUUCCAUCCACUACGCGUAGUUCUGAUAUUAACCUACCGUUUCAGAUCCGCCGUUCCUCUGGUUGUAAUCCGUUUGAUACUAUUUGUCCUACUGAGACUCUUCCGGCUGGUAGCUCAUGCUUAUCGAAAUUUCCGUCUUUUUCUAAGAUCCGUAGGCCUUGCUUGAACUUCGAAUCAACGGAAAAAGGAAUUGGGAGGGAUGUUGAUGUCAGAGAUUCGGAAAGAGUUGUGAAGAAGCAUCCGAAUUUGAUCGGGAGUUGUGGUUCUGGGUUGGAAGAGGCGAACACGCCUGAUUCCAAAUUUGUAAAUGAAACCGUAGGGGGAGAUGCCAUCGCUAGAGAUUCAGGGAAAGCUGUGAAGAAACAUCCUAACUUGAUUGGGAGCUGUGUUUUCCCUACGCAGCAGGUGACCAAGCCUAAAUUAGUAAAUGAAGGGAACUUUGUGAGAUUGAACAUCAAUGGUCAUGGGGGACGCAAGAAGUUUGCAUACAAAGUUAGGAAAAGGAAUCAAAAUGCUUAUAAUGCAGGUCGAAAGUCUUACAAGAGAAGCAAAAGAAAAUUGAAAAGUGGGGGCCAAGCAGAAGAGGAGCGCAGUUUUUGUGAAGAAGAAGGUUGGCAUUUGGAUGAGAAUCAGGAGACUGAUAUGAGACUUGAUUUAGAAGUGAUUGAGAAGGCUGCGUUGGAUGUUCGUCAUGAUCCAUCUGACGAGAAUUUAGUUAAGUUGUUGAAGCUUACUCAUGGGUAUGAUUCUUUUAGGGACGGCCAAUUGGAGACAAUCAAACUUUUACUUGCUGGGAAAUCAAGUAUGGUGAUUUUGCCAACUGGCGCUGGAAAGUCACUUUGCUAUCAGUUACCUGCUAUCGUUUUGCAGGGAAUGACACUUGUUAUUAGUCCUUUGGUAGCACUUAUGUUCGAUCAACUUAAACAGCUACCACCGGUGAUUCCAGGGGGUCUAUUAUGUAGCAGUCAGACACUAGAAGAGAGUUCGGAAACACUUAGGCGUGUUCAAGAAGGAGCCUUGAAAGUUCUUUUUGUUUCUCCGGAGAGAUUACUAAAUGCAGAAUUUACAUCCAUAUUUUCUGCAACUUCACUCAUCUCACUUGUUGUGAUUGACGAAGCCCACUGUAUAUCUGAAUGGUCACAUAACUUCCGCCCUUCAUAUAUGAGGCUUAGAGCAUCCUUACUUCGUUCUAGUCUUGGAGUAGAGUGCAUUCUUGCAAUGACAGCAACUGCAACGACCAAAACAAUGCAUGAUGUGAUGUGCUCUCUUGAGAUUCCUCCCUCAAAUCUUGUUCAAGCAGCACAAAUCAGGGAUAACUUGCAGUUAUCUGUAUCUUUGAGUGGAAACAGGAUGAAGGAUUUGAUGGCAUUGCUCAAGGCUCCACCUUACAUGGAUGUUAAAAGCAUUAUAAUUUACUGCAAAUAUCAGUCUGAAACAGAUAUGAUUAGCAAGUUUUUAUGUGAUAGCAAUAUCCGGGCAAAGAGUUACCAUAGUGGGAUUCUUGCUAAAGAUCGAAGGCGUACCCAAGAAUUGUUUUGUUCAAACAAGAUACGAGUGAUUGUUGCAACUGUGGCAUUCGGCAUGGGGCUUGAUAAAAGUGAUGUUGGAGCUGUAAUUCACUACAGUUUACCCGAAAGCUUGGAAGAGUAUGUUCAGGAAAUUGGACGCGCUGGUCGUGAUGGCCGAUCAUCUUAUUGCCAUCUCUUUCUUGAUGAUGCAACAUAUUUUAAGCUCCGGAGUCUUAUGUACAGUGAUGGGUUAGAUCAAUACACCGUAAAUAAGUUCCUCUCACAAGUUUUCAGCACGGAGUCAAAUUCAAAAGGAAGUAUUUGCUCACUAGUCAAAGAAUCUGCAUCUCGGAAAUUUGACAUGAAAGAAGAGGUGAUCCUAACUAUAUUAACCCGCUUGGAGUUAGCCGAAGUCCAGUACUUGCGUUUACUACCCCAAACAAGCGUAACAUGCGUAUUAAAUUUCCAUAUGACCUCUCCGGCAUUGCUUGCUGCUAAGGAUAUUGUAAUUGCAACAAUCUUGAAAAAGGCUGAAAUAAAGGAUGGACAAUAUGUGUUUGACAUACCGACUGUAGCCUGUAGCAUUGGAAUUCAAACUUCUGCUGUAUCUAAUCAGUUGCAGAUUCUGAAGCUGAAGGGAGAGAUUACAUACGAAUUGAAGGAUCCGGCUUAUUGUUACAUGAUCAUAAAUUUCCCAAAAGAUAUAUGUUCCUUGGCAGCAGAUCUUGCCAAAUGGUUAUCAGAGGUUGAGAGAUGCAAGGUGCGCAAAGUAGACGUGAUGUUUAAUGCUGCGGUCUUUGCAGUGAAAACAUGCGAUAGAACAAGCGGUUGCAUUGAUUCACAACACACACCAUGUUUACAGAAGAAGAUCUUGGAUUACUUCGAUUCAGAUGAUGACAGCAAUAUCCCAAAUAAGAUGGACCAAACCAGCCGGUUCUUGAGAGCAGAUAUCAAGGUGUUCCUUCAAAGCAAUUCCCAUGCUAAAUUCACCCCUCGAGCAAUUGCUAGGAUAAUGCAUGGUAUAGCCACUCCGGCAUUUCCUUCUUCAACUUGGUCUAGAACUCAUUUCUGGGGGAGGUAUAUACAAACCAACUUUGAUGUUAUCAUGGAAGCUGCAAAGGCAGAGCUGAUGGAUUCUGCAGGAAGAUCUGCAGUUUAA